GAAUCGUCAGCCAUUUUCUAACCUCAAAGUGUUUUCUAUAUUUUUUUCUGUAGAAAUUAUCAUCUGGAAGUUUUUUGAGAAUAAAAUCUCAAUCGUUGUUAAAUAAUUAAAAAUAUAAAUAUCGGAGAGAUAUAACAUUAUUAACAAUGUCUGGAAUUACUAAAAAUUUGCUACUUGGAAAUGGUUUCAAAAGAUGGGCUUAUAACCUUUCGGGUUUUAACAAAUACGGUCUCAGAUAUGAUGAUUGUUUGUAUGAAAGUCCAGUAGUCAAAGAAGCACUUCGUCGUCUUCCUCAAAAACUUGUUGAUGAACGUAAUUUUCGUAUUAUUCGUGCAAUGCAAUUGAAUUGUAACAAAGUUAUAUUGCCAGAAGAACAAUGGACAAAAUUCGAAGAGGAUGUUCAAUAUCUCAGACCCUACGUUGAAGAAGUUGAACGAGAAAUCAAAGAAAAAGAAGAAUGGAAUAAACAAUAAAUUCCUUAACUCGUAAUUAAAAUUAGCAGAAUAAUAAUUGAAAAAAAAAAAAACAAACAAACAAACAACAACAAAUCAAUCAAACAUGUAAAUUAUUAUUACUUGUAAAUUAUAAAAAGAUAAUAAUAAUUAAUUAACAAAUACAUGUAAAAAUUUAUUGAUUAAAUAUAUAGAUAACUCAAAAGUAUCAAUAGCAAUA